AUGCUGACGGCGAUUCAGAAGUUUUACGCCAAUUCAACCAUUUUGGUCACCGGCGCAACGGGAUAUCUAGGCACCUACUUCGUCGAGAAGUUGCUCAGAUCGUGCCCCGACGUUAAGAAGGUCUACCUGCUGGUUCGAAAAAAACGCGGCAGGCCGAACGAGGAUCGACUCGUCGAGUUUUUCGAAAGUCCGGUUUACAACGCUCUGAAGCGGAGCAAUCCUCGAGCUUUCCAAACGGUGGAAGUUCUGUCCGGCGAUCUGGAGUUGGAGGAGUUGGGUUUGGGCGAUGGCGAUCAGGAAAAGGUGGCAAACGAGGUGAACAGCGUGUUCCACGUCGGCGCCACCAUAAACAUGGCGGAAACUCUUCGAAUGUCAACCUUGGUAAAUAUCAGAGGAACUAGAGACCUUUUAAGCAUUUGUGCCAGAGCGCAGCACCUGAAGUCGUUUGUCUAUGUCUCCACUGCCUACUCCCAGUUACAACUGCAUGAAAUUGAUGAAAUCAUCCCCCCAAGCGCCGAAGAUGCCGAUAACUUGAUAGCGAUAGCAAGCUCUAGGGACCAACGACAAUUACACAAUGCUACGCUCAGAAUGCUAGAGAAGUGGCCCAAUACCUACACCUACACCAAGCACCUAGCCGAAAACGUCGUGGGCCGAAGUCAGUUACCGACCGCAAUAGUGCGCCCUUCUCUAAUUAUGCCACCCUACUUGGAACCAGAGUCCGAUUGGUCGAGUACAUUGGACUGGACCACCAAGCUCUUGGCUUCACUCAACCUGGGAAUUAUACAUAGCGUCCACUGUAAUUCCAAGGACGUUGUCGACGUAGUGCCGGUCGACUUUGUGGUUAACUGUACGCUCGCAGCCGGCUGGAUGGUCGGAACCGAGUACGCUAACAGUGAUCGUAGGGAAGAGGUGGAAGUGUUUAACUGUGUCAGCGGCCAUCAGAACCCUCUCACUUGGGCUCGUCAGGAGGAACUUAUGCGAGGCUACGACCGCACCAUGCCCUCGAUCAAAAAGGUCCUACACAGGUCUACGUUCCACAGCACCAACGGCACUCUAAACAGCCUAGUUGAUUUGGCGUUUUUACCAGCCCUUUACUUAUUUAACACCAAAUUGCAACUGGUUGGGAAAUCUACCACGAGCGUCCAGUUGCAUCAAGCCGCAAGAAUGUUUAUGAAGACAGCCGCGUUUUGCACGGGUAGAGAGUGGAAGUUUAGGGAUUUUAACACGCAAAGACUUUGGGAUCGAUUAGAAGAGGACGAUAGGCGAAUUUUCAAUUUCGAUAUUAAAUCAAUCGAUUGGGAUCACUUUUACGAGAAGUUGACGUAUGGUUUACGUCGGUACACGUUGCAAGACGAUUUCGAGACAAUGGGCAAAGCGAAAUUAAAGAUGGCAGCUUUGAACGUACUUCACUACGCUUAUUUCGGAUGUUAUUUGUUGCUAUUCUUAUUUUUCAUCAAUGUACUGUACUCUAAGAGUACCGUACGUUAUAUGGACGUACAUCUGUAG